UGGGGGCUGGGUCUCUUGGAGUUGCGUGAGACUUGGAGACCGGACAGUGAGGCUGUCGGGCCCCUUGGACAGAGACGAAGGACUGGGGCGGGGCAGGGGGUUCCAAGCUCCCUAGAGACGGUCAUCUAUCUGCCUCUGCCCGGGCCUAGCCUUCCUUCAUUCUACAGCUGCCACGACAGCCUGGAGGCGCCUGCCUCCGCACUCCCGAAUGGUGCUCCUCCUUGUAGACCUCGGCCCGAGAUCCAGACCCCCUUUGCCCUCUGCGGUGGAGCCUUUGCUCCGGAUCUCCCCCGGUGGACUCCCCAUCACGGCAAGGGAAGGACUUUUGCCCAGACUACUCCAUCUCUCUAGGAUCUCCACUGACAGUUUGAAUCUCAGCCUCUACGUGUGAGGCCCACCCGCGUUUUCUGACUUAACAAGCGACACCUCCCUUGCUGCCCAGAGCCCAAGAAGCCCCACACUGGGGCCCUCGUCCCAGCAUGCCAGUCCUUUCUUGUGCAUAGGGCUCUGCCCUCUCCCUGUCAACAUGGCUGAGUGUAGGCAGGUUCCAGGUCGACGGGCGACUCCUCAGGGGGAGCUAAGGCCUGAGGUGGUUGAGGAUGAAGUCCCUAGAAAUCCAGUUGCGGAGGAACCUGGAGGAGGCGGAAGCACCAGCAGUGAGACCAAAUUGUCCCCAAGAGAGGAGGAAGAACUGGAUCCUAGAAUACAGGAGGAGCUGGAGCAUCUGAACCAGGCCAGCGAGGAGAUCAACCAGGUGGAACUGCAGCUGGAUGAGGCCCGGACCACCUAUCGAAGGAUACUGCAGGAGUCGGCCAGGAAGCUCAACACGCAGGGCUCCCACCUGGGGAGCUGUAUUGAGAAGGCCCGACCUUACUAUGAGGCUCGAAGGCUGGCUAAGGAGGCCCAGCAGGAGACCCAGAAGGCUGCACUACGGUACGAGCGGGCCGUGAGCAUGCACAACGCUGCACGGGAGAUGGUGUUUGUGGCCGAGCAAGGCGUCAUGGCUGACAAAAAUCGGCUGGACCCCACGUGGCAGGAGAUGCUCAAUCACGCCACCUGCAAGGUGAACGAGGCGGAGGAGGAGCGGCUGCGUGGCGAGCGGGAGCACCAGCGGGUGACGCGGCUGUGUCAACAGGCUGAGGCUCGGGUCCAGGCCCUGCAGAAGACCCUCCGGCGGGCCAUCGGCAAGAGUCGCCCCUACUUUGAGCUCAAGGCCCAGUUCAGUCAGAUCCUGGAGGAACACAAGGCCAAGGUGACAGAGCUGGAGCAGCAGGUGGCCCAGGCCAAGACCCGAUACUCAGUUGCCCUGCGGAACCUGGAACAGAUCAGCGAGCAGAUUCAUGCCCGGCGCAGGGGUCUGCCCCCUCACCCCCCAGGGCCACGUCGAUCCUCCCCCGUGGGUGCCGAGGCUGGACCUGAGGCCGAAGAUGGGGACAGCGGAAUUGAGGGGGCUGAGGGUGGAGUGUUGGAGGAGGGGGGCAGCUUGGGGCCUGGCCCUGCCCCUGACACAGACACCCUGAGCCUGCUGAGCCUGCGCACCGUGGCCUCAGACCUGCAGAAGUGUGACUCGGUGGAGCACCUACGGGGCCUCUCGGACCACGCCAGCCUGGAUGACCAGGAGCUGGGACCCAGGAGUGGCGGGCGCCGGGGGAGUGACAGCGGGGCCCGAGGGGGCCGCCACCAACGCAGCGUCAGCCUAUAGUUGGCAUCUUCAGUGCACAGUCCUACUGGGGUGGAGGGCCCCUCGGCCCGCCCUCCUCCCAGGCCACCUUCUCCAGUGCUUCGCCUUGAGAGGCUGGCUCUGUGGAGCGCUGGCUCGCCCUGGCUGCCUCACAGCCCCUCUCCAGGUGGCACCUCUCACCUUGCCUUACCUCCAGAAGUCUCACUUUCCACCGGCGCUCUCUGCUGCUGGUCCCUCUCCGCCUGUGACCUUGCACUCUCUUCUUUCUGUCUGUCCCUUCUCUCCACCCCUGUGACUUUCCCCCUGCUGGGCACAGGGAAGCCCCUCCGAGAAGCAGGUGGAAUGGGCUGCAGUCUUGCUCUCCCGGCCCGCAGCCUGAGUUGACCGAGAAGCGUCCCUCACUCGGUCUCAUUCUGAUGACACUACUGUCCUCUUGGAAGCCCCGUGCCCCAGACUGCCCAGUGUAAGCCUGUCAGACAGACUGCUCCUCCUCUGAAGCCACAGUCCCUUCCUUUCAGUGCUUGCCCCUCAUAAUGGCAUGGCUCUAGUAGAUGUGCCCCCAAGCCACUCUCACAGGGUGACUGUCAGGGAGGAGGAGACCCUACCCCAUUAUUGUAGGGAACACUAACUCCAAGCUGGCUCUCUGCUCUUGGUGUUUCCCCAGCCAGGCUGGGUCCCUGCAGAGUGCAAAGGUGCUAUUGGAUCUCUCAGAUCCAUGUUGGGGAGAGGGUGUGAAGUCCUGAUAAUGGAGGCCCCCACCCUUCCCAGUCCUGGCCUCCCUGCUGGGGAGUCAGGUUUGCGUCUUCUGGGUCAAGGCUGCUGAAAUGAGUGUCAGCACCCUCCAGCUUGCGGGCAGGGCAGGGAGGAGAGGUGGGUAGGGAAUCUGGUGCUUCAUUGCUCUCCCCCAAACCAAUCAGCUCCUACCCCAGGCUUCCUUGGGGAGUGUCUGAGCAUUGCUGCCCAGCCUCCUACCUCCUGGGAUGCAGGGAGGAGUUUGCAGGGAGAUGCCUUGUGCUGCUCUCAGGCUCUCAGAGGAAGAAGCCAUGCCAGGAUGAGGGUGCUUGGGGAGGUCCUGGCGACCCAGGAGCGUGGUCUGCAAGCCCUGUGAAGGACAGCCUCUGUGUCGGCCUGCCCUGUUCCUCAUGGAGGGCACCGCCUGCCUUAGUGUGUCCCGCCCUCUGGAUGAGAGAGAGGUCAUAAUGAGAACCCCAGGUUUGAGGUGACCAUUGAGUGGAGGGGAAGGGGAACAAGGACCAUGGUGUGCGUGUGUGCAUGCGUGGAUGGGUGUGUGGGGGGAGAGGCUGCUGCUGGUUUUAUUUAAAUAAAAUAGUUUAUGUAACAGUCAUGUUUACCGUCCUUGUCAGAGGUGAGGAUGAGGCAGUCUGGGAAGGCCUUUCCAGAUUCAUCAUCUGAUCCCAGAGCUGAAGGACAAGUGGAAGUUACCAGAGUAGGGCAAGAAGGGAGGUUCCACGUGGAGGGGUGAGUGGGUGCACAUGGAGAGUGGCCGGGCAGCCCCAGGCUGAGUGUGGAGACAUGCUGGGUGCGCUAAAGGGUGCUGCAUGUGGGACAGUGAGGAGGAGGCUGCAGGGGACAAUGGGGUACUGCACUGCAGGUUAGGUUUCCAUGGCCCCUCUGAUUUCAACAAGGGCCAGGUGGGUAGGGGCAAAGUGGAACCUCUGGGAGAUUGGGCUUUUCUGUAAUGGCCCAACUUUGUCGGCAGGGGGCAGCAGGCGCCUGCAUAGCAGAAAUUGCUCUGCUGGGCUGUCUUAUCCAGGGGUGGGAGGGAAGCUAAGGAAACAGCUUCCAGGGGUGAACUGAAUUCACGGCCACUGGACUGACUCACAGUGACCCUAUGGGCAGUGUCGAACUGCCCCUGUGAGUGUCUAGGCUGUAGCUUUUGGGGAGUAGAAAGUCUUUUCUCCUGGAGGGUGGCGGGCUUGACCUCCCAGAUAGCAGCCCAUCACCUAACUGCACCAGCAGAAUCGUGGUUGUCUGUGCUAUAAGACUUGGUUUCAUUCUGGGAAGGAAGUGAUAGAAAGCCUCCCCAUUGCCUAAGCCUUUCAGCACUCAGGCCUCCCUGUGUAGCUUCUCUGCUUCCUUGCUUCACUGUUGUGAAAUCUCCGAGUACCUGGGUAAAGUGACAUAUGUAUGUUCUCCGUGGAAUAAGUUUCAAUUUGUUAAAUUUUUGCCUGUGGUUUA